UGCACCUGAAGCUCUGCACAAUGGCUUUCAACGGGAAGUUUGAGCUGGAGACCCAUGAGAACUUCGAGCCCUUCAUGAAGGCUAUUGGCCUCACUGACGAGUUGAUCCAGAAGGGCAAGGACAUCAAGAGUGUCUCCGAGAUUGUCCAGGAUGGAAACUCCUUCAAGGUCACCGUGACGACGGGCAACAAGGUGCUGGUCAACGAGUUCACCGUGGGGCAGGAGGCCGAGCUGGAGACCAUCACAGGGGAGAAGGUCAAGACGGUGGUGACGAUGGAGGGUAACAAGCUGAAAGUGUCGCUGAAGGGAAUCGAGUCUGUGACCGAGAUCUCUGGAGACAAGAUCAUCAAUACCAUGACCGUUGGAGGAAUUGUUUACAAGCGAAUCAGCAAGCGAGUUUAGAAUGAUAGUAUUCUUUGUGUGCCUGUAAUAUUUUGAAUUUGUUAAUAAAACGAUUGUUAUCUUGUGGUUUUGUGUCUGGUGGUUUGUUGAAUCUGGAUUCGGUAACCCAUUCUUGUGAUUCUCGUGGAGCUGAAGCAUGUAAAAGCACCAGUACGUUCUAACCAUCAUGCACUAACGUUUCCUGGGAAACCAUACAAACACCA